UGCUUACAUGUCUGCACAAACUACCGAACACUAGAAUUCGAUAUAGUAGGGGGAGUCCGGGAGAGUCUAGCAGGUGGGAGACAAUAGCCGCUGCUCAUAGAAUAUUUGUGGCACGAGAUGUUACGACAUUGCCACACUUCUCAGACGUCAUAGGCACCUCCCACCCCGCUCACGUAGCGCCGUUACAAUUGGCAGUUUGGUUUGGAAGUAAGAAGUGGCAACACGUUUUCGUACCUGGAAAGUGAGUUUAUUCAGUUUUCGACAUUUGAUCUCUGUUCUUUACUGUGGAAAGAUUCCAGCACGCCACUUAUAUACACCAGAAUGCCCUUCAACUAUAGAAAAAAACAAACAACUAGAAAGAGAAGCAAUUUAGAUCUGUCAGUAAUAAAAAAUGCUUUAGAUGACAUUGAUCAAGGAAAGUCUAUCCGAGGUGUUGCUUUGGAAUAUGGAAUUGACAGAAAUACCUUAAGAAAUUAUUUAAGAGACAGGUCUAAAUUGACUAAAAUAAGUGAACAAGGAAGCCAGUUUAAAACAUCUAUGAUAUUUACAAUCGAAGAAGAGAAGGCGCUUGUUGAAUAUCUUAUAGCUUGCAGCAAAAUGAAUUAUGGAUUAACCAGACAGGCGACUAUGCAGCUAGCAUAUGAAUAUGCAACAAUGAAUUCCAAAAAGGUUCCAGAUUGUUGGACUUCCAACAACUGCGCAGGAAAAGAUUGGUUCCGGGGAUUUAUGACAAGAAACCCUGAACUAAGUUUGAGAACCCCAGAAGCCACCAGUUUAUCCAGAUCAACCAGCUUCAAUAGAAAAAACGUUACUGAUUUCUUCGAGAACCUCAAAGAAGUUAGAGAAAAAUACCAAUUUGAAGCACAUAACAUCUAUAACUGUGAUGAAACAGGGUGUACGACUGUACAAGAGUGUCCCAAAGUAAUAGCGAGCAAGCAUAAAUAUGCGUCAAGUAGGACAAGUUACUUCAGCUGAACGCGGCAGCCUUGUGACCGUUUGCUUCGCUGUGAACGCUCUGGGAAAUGUUCUUCCUCCAUUUUUCAUUUUCCCUAGGGUUAGAUACAAC